GUCAAUCUCCCAUCAAAAUAUAGCAGGACUCAGAAAACACACCAAGAACGGUGCAUUAUUGUAAUUAAAGAGUGGAUGAAGGGCAAAGUAGCAGCAAGGCUUGUAUAACUAACCAAGCUCCCCCACCCAAAAGCAUUUAAAGCAAUGCAUAUGGUUGUGGCCAGCAAGCAUUAGAACCAAAAAUGGGGGAAAACGCUUUAGCUGCUGCUUCUUCUUCAGCUUUUGCUCUCAAUCUUCUAUUGUUUGUGUCCAUAUGGCUUUCCUUUCAGGCACAUAUUUCCAACUCAGAAAUCAUUUUUGAAGAGCGGUUUGAAGAUGGCUGGCAAAGCCGCUGGGUUAAAUCAGAUUGGAAAAGUAAUGAAGGCAAAGCGGGUUCUUUUAAACAUACAGCUGGAAAGUGGUCGGGAGAUCCUGAUGAUAAAGGUAUUCAGACAUUUCCUGAUGCAAAACAUUAUGCGAUAUCUGCAAAGAUACCAGAGUUCAGUAACAAGAACAGGACAUUGGUCCUCCAAUACUCCAUAAGAUUUGAGCAGGAUAUUGAAUGUGGUGGUGGUUACAUAAAGCUGCUCUCUGGAUUUGUCAAUCAAAAGAAAUUUGGUGGGGACACUCCAUAUAGUUUAAUGUUUGGACCAGAUAUAUGUGGCACACAGACAAAGAAACUCCAUGUCAUACUUUCCUACCAGGGCCAAAAUUACCCCAUCAAGAAGGAUUUGGAAUGUGAGACAGACAAACUCACUCAUUUCUAUACAUUUAUACUUAGACCGGAUGCAACAUAUAGUAUCCUGAUUGACAAUCGGGAGAGGGAUUCGGGAAGUAUGUACACAGAUUGGGAUAUUCUUCCCCCACGGAAACUUAAGGAUGUCAAUGCAAAAAAGCCUGCGGACUGGGAUGAUAGGGAAUAUAUUGAGGAUCCUAAUGCGAUCAAACCUGAGGGAUAUGAUUCAAUUCCAGCAGAGAUUCCUGACCCAAAAGCCAAAAAGCCUGAUCAUUGGGAUGAGGAAGAGGAUGGAAUAUGGAAACCCUCCAAGGUACCUAAUCCAGGAUAUAAAGGACCAUGGAAGCGCAAGAAAAUUAAGAACCCCAAUUAUAAAGGGAAAUGGAAGACUCCUUGGAUUGAUAAUCCAGAGUUUGAAGACGACCCUGAUCUCUAUGUGCUUAAGCCAAUUAAGUAUGUGGGAAUUGAAGUCUGGCAGGUAAAGGCUGGGUCAGUUUACGACAAUGUUUUGAUCUGUGAUGACCCAGAUUAUGCAAAACAAGUUGCUGACGAAGUAUUUGCCAAUAGGGAGGUUGAAAAGGAGGCAUUUGAGGAAGCUGAGAAAGUGAGAAAAGCACGAGAGGAAGAGGAAGCUCAAAGAGCAAGGGAAGAAGGUGAAAGGAGGAGAAGAGAGAGAGGUUAUGAUAGACGUCAUCGGGACAGAUAUAGAGACAGAUAUAGAAGGCACGAACCUCGUGAUUACUUGGAUGAUUAUCAUGAUGAGCUUUAAGUGUUCUAUCAGUCUUGCUCUCGCUGCCCUCAUCUUUGUUGACAGAAGAUUUAAGAGUCGGCAUCACCUUUCUUGUGGUAGUACUAUCUACGAGCAGUGUUUAUCAUUAAUACAGGUUGUGAAGAAUCCUCAUCAGAAAUAACUCAGACCAAGGCUCUAUACCCAUAUGGACGCCAAGUUGGGAAAGAGAAUAAAUCUCAAGAUGAAAAAGAAAAUUUAUGUUUAGUGGUGUUACCAACAAAUUACUUUUGGGGUGCCUUUUCUUUUUUGAUAAAUUACCUUCAGGAUUUUAUAAAGGGAGAUUGUUUGUAAGGUUUAUGUACCAUGUUCGUACUCGUUUUCUUAAAUAAUCAGUACUUUAGAUGUUUCCAAUGUUAAGGAUGUCCCUAUUUACAUUCUC